GCGUGCACGAAAGACAGUCUGUGGCGCCUCUGUUGAUCGGUGUUCUUAUUCUUUUUUAAGCACGUGGAGGGACACGUACCCCUAUGACUUCUCCUAGCGAGUUCUACGAUCCUCUUCCAUCCGAUAACGACGGUGAAUGGCGGCCAUCGAUCCACUCGUCCGAUCAACGGCACCCGACGGCUUGCGCAGCCCCGCUGUACCAGUCGCAUUUCUCGCAGGCGCUGCAUGUGCGCGCUCAUGACACGCACCGAGCGGCGGACGCGCCGCCGCACAUCUCUUCCCGCCGCACUCCCCUCGUCCCCUCGUCCGCCGGCGGCGCACGUCAGUUCGUCACCCAUGAGUGGCAUGCCAACUCCUUUGUCAUGCCCGACCCCUCCUUACGGGACAGCACCUACAACAUCAUGAUGCGGGAAGUGGCGGCGCUAAUCUCCCAGCACCUUGUGCCUCAUGGCGCGCAGCUGGCUGCCACGUGUCCCCGCCCAUCGCCGCCGUCGAUCGCCGCGGCCAGCGACUGGUCCCCCUUCCACGGCAUGUUCUCGAUCAAUGUGGGGGGCAAGCAGCCGACCACCGCUUCCCAUGCUCACCCAUCGCCAUCACCACCGCCACCUCCUCCUCCUCCUCCCCCUCCUUCUCCUCCUCCUCCUCAUUCUCCACGUACCCGUUCUGCCCCCAACCGCAAUUCAGGACGUGACGACCUUCAUCAUCAGCACGACGACAGCAGAGAGCGGGAGCUGAGAGAUAGAGAGAGGCAGAUCCUCGAGAGAGAGCGCCAAUUAAUCGACAGAGAGCGGCAGCUGCUCGAGAGAGAGCGGGAGGUGAUUGAGAAGAAGCUAGCGCUGGUGGAAGAAUUGACAGCGUCACGUGGUCCUCUUCCUGGCUAUCAUGCCAGAUUCCCCUCCUCCCGCGCUAAUGGUCACGUGUCACAUCAACAGCAGCAGCAGCAGCAGCAGCAGCAGCAGCAGCAGCAGCAGAGGGAGCAGAGGGAGCAGAGGCAGCCAAGGCAACAGAGGCAGCAGAGGCAGCCGCCUGGGGAGCCGGCGCCGCCUCCGCCUCCGCCGGACGGCUUUCAUCCCGACGGCAAUCCCCGGAACAAUCGCGGGCGGGAAGCCGCGCCUCGAACUCGCGCGUUCCGUACAGAUCCCGACCCCGACUUUGCGCACAAUAUGCAGACGUGCGAGCGGGUCAGAAGUCGAGCUAGUGGUGCUGGUAAAAGCAGACUCGGCUAGCUCCCUCGGGGGAGAUUCCAUCUAUUGGUGGGUAGUGUCACUUGCUGGAAAGCGGGUCCAGUGUCCCGUUUACAAAAAUGCAUGGGGAGAACUUGGGUGUGCCCUGCCAGCAUUGAUUGCCGUGGGAAUCCAGGGGAUUUGCUGAGCAGGCGAUGUUAUGGGGGGUAGGGGGGGGGGGGACAGCCUCUUCAGCCCAGAAUCUGGGCGCCUGAAAACACCUGGAGCACUCGCCGCUCCUCACCCUUCCUAUCAGAACCAGAUUGACGAAGCACUUAGGGAAACAAAUUGCCUGACAUGAC